AUGGGUCACAUGAAGGAAGGACUGUGUCUUAAAUUUCUUCUCAGAACCUCCCAACAAAUUGUUGUCUUCAUUCUCCUGACACACUUUUGUGAAGGUCAGUCUCAGCCUGUCAUGACAAUGGUUGGUGAUGACGUUGUAUUGCCCUGUCAGCUGGAGCCUCCUGCAGAUGUUACGCCAAGGAUCCUGGAGUGGUCAAAACCUGACCUGAAACCCAGAUUUGUAUAUGUGUGGCACAAUGGUCAGGAACUUGCAGUGGAUCAAAACAAGGCCUACAAGGGAAGAACAUCGCUGUUCAUUGACAAACUGAAGCACGGAGACAUUUCACUGAAACUGUCCAAAGUGAAAAUCUCUGACGAGGGAAAAUACAGAUGUUACAUUCCAGAUCUGGAAAAAGAAUAUUUUGUUGAGCUUCUUGUUGCGGCUGUCUCUUUACCUGGAAUUGGCUUAGUGAGGACUGACAGAUCCUCCAGCAGAGUGGUGUUACAAUGUGAGUCUAAAGGCUGGAAUCCACAGCCUGAAGUGUUUUGGCAGGACGGUGAGGGAAACCUCCUCUCUGCUGGACCUACAGAGACAGUCAGAGGUCCUGAUGGUCUCUAUACUGUCAGCAGCAGAGUGACUGUGGAGAAUAAACACAGUAACAACUUCACCUGUAGAGUCCAACAGAACAACAUCAACCAGACCAGAGAGACAUACAUUAUUAUUCCAGAUGAUUUUUUCAUGGCUCCAUCCAGUUGUGCUGCUUGUAUCACCACCAGCGUGUUGUUUAGCGUCAUGUUUAUUCUGGCAGUUGCCAUUUUUAUCUGGAAGUGGAGAUACUACAAAACUGAGAUUAAGAAAGAAAAUGAAGAGCAGCUCCAGACAGAGAGCAAGAACAUUGAGUAUUUGGAGCUUAAACUUAAUAAGGAGUUACAGCAGAAAGAAGAAGAAAAGAAAAACGUGGAGCAGCUGAUUGAUGCACUCGUGGAACAAAAGAAGGAACUGGUGAGCCAAAAGGAGCAAAUAACCGUCCAAAUGGAGAAGACAGAGGAACUGAAAAAGGAGAAUAACACAAAGGUUAAUGCAGUGGACGAAGAAAUAUCAGGGAAGGAGGGAGAUAAAACAGAAAACAAAGCAACGGGAUACUUAAAACUAAAAGAAAUCAUCUCAGAGACCAACUGGAACCUGGAUGAGAGAAGACAAGAACAACAGGUACUGAUAUUAAACACUGAUAAAAUAAUGGGGAGGACAGAUGUGGAGUUUAAGAGAAUGACAGACAAGAAAAAGCAAGUAGAGAACAACAUGAAGGAAAUUAACAAACAACUGGAGAAUAUCUACAGACAAAGAGAGGAGAUUCAGAAGAAACUUGAGUCAGAAGAAAAAGGCAAUGUGCCACCAAUGCACCAGACCACACCUCAUUUUGAGAGCAACACGCCCAUGGCAGCACAGGCCGAUGCAGGUCAGUCUCAGCCUGUCAUGACGAUGGUUGGUGAUGACGUUGUUUUGCCCUGUCAGCUGGAGCCUCCUGCAGAUGCUGCUCCAAUGAUCCUGGAGUGGUCAAAACCUGACCUAGACCCCAGAUUUGUCUUUGUGUGGCACAAUAAUCAGGAACUUGUGGUGGAUCAAAACAAGGCCUACAAGGGAAGAACGUCGCUGUUUAUCGACAAACUGAAGCACGGAGACGUUUCACUGAAACUCUCCAAAGUAAAAAUCUCUGAUGAGGGAAAAUACAGAUGUUAUUUUCCAAAACUGAAUAAAGAAUGUUUUGUUGAUCUUCUUGUUGGUGCUGUUUCCUCACCUGUUAUCAGCUUAGUGGGGAAUGACCAAUCCUCCAGCGGAGUGGUGUUACAGUGUGAGUCUAAAGGCUGGAAUCCAAAGCCUGAGGUGUUCUGGCAGGACGAUGAGGGAAACCUCCUCUCUGCUGAACCUACAGAGGCAGUCAGAGGUCCUGAUGGUCUCUAUAAUGUCAGCAGCAGAGUGACUGUGGAGAAUAAACACAGCAACAACUUCACCUGUAGAGUCCAACAGAACCACAUCUACCAGACCAGAGAGACAUACAUUAUUAUUCCAGAUGAUUUCUUCAUGGCCCCAUCCAGUUGUGCUGCUUGUAUCACCACCAGCGUGUUGUUUAGCGUCAUGUUUAUUCUAACAGUUGCCAUUUUUGUCUGGAAGUGGAGACACUACAAAACUGAGAUUAAGAUGCACAAGAAGAAUAAAAAUGAAGAGCAGCUACAGACAGAGAGCAAGAACAUUGAGGAUUUGGAGCUUAAACUUAAUAAGGAGUUACAGCAGAAAGAAGAAGAAAAGAAAAACGUGGAGCAGCUGAUUGAUGCACUCGUGGAACAAAAGAAGGAACUGGUGAGCCAAAAGGAGCAAAUAACCGUCCAAAUGGAGAAGACAGAGGAACUGUACAAGGAGAAUAACACAAAGGUUAAUGCAGUGGACGAAGAAAUAUCAGGGAAGGAGGGAGAUAAAACAGAAAACAAAGCAACGGGAUACUUAAAACUAAAAGAAAUCAUCUCAGGGACCAACUGGAACCUGGAUGAGAGAAGACAAGAACAACAGCUACUGAUAUUUAACACUGAUAAAAUAAUGGGGAGGACAGAUGUGGAGUUUAAGAGAAUGACAGACAAGAAAAAGCAAGUAGAGAACAACAUGAAGGAAAUUAACAAACAACUGGAGAAUAUCUUCAGACAAAGAGAGGAGAUUCAGAAGAAACUUGAGUCAGAAGAAAAAGGGUUAGUGUUUGGCUAA